AUGAGUAAGUCAUUAACUUAUUGUAUAGUUCAAGAGUCUCCUAAUAUUGAAAAAUUAGUGCAACGUUUUUGGGAGCUUGAACAGCCUCCUUCCGCGCCGCCCAUUCAGUGUCCUUCUGACAUUGAAUGUGAAGAGUUUUAUAAUUCGACGACAUCACGUGAUCCUGUUAGUGGCAGAUACAUUGUCGGCCUGCCAUUUAAAGACGACGUUUAUUCUCUUGGAGAUUCUUACGAGACUGCUCGACGACACUUCAUGUGCUUGGAAAGAAAGUUAGAAGCUUCACCCACAUUAAGGUUGGCAUAUGAUGACGUCAUAAAGGAAUAUUUAGCCAAGGAUUAUAUUUCACCCGCACCGCUAUAUGACUCUCGUGAAAUCACUCCAUUCUAUGUUAUCCCGCAUCACGGAGUCUUACGUGAAGACAAGAAGUCGACUCGUCUGCGCAUUGUCCUAGAUGCUAGCAGUAAGACCAGCACUGGCCGAUCGUUAAACGACGUCUUGCACUCAGGGCAGAAUUUGCAAGGCGACUUAUUCAACAUUAUUUUAAAUUUCCGUCUACAUCCAGUGGCUAUGACAGCCGACUGUCGCCAGCAAUUCUUGCAGAUCGUUAUUCGUGAUUCUGAUCGUCGUUAUCAAUGCUUUCUAUACCGCUUCAAUCCACAUGAUCCACUUGUGUUGUACCAGUUCAAUCGCGUAUGCUUCGGUUUAACAUCGAGUCCUUACCAUGCACUGCGCACGGUCAGACAGCUUAUCGAUGACGACGGCGCGAUGUCGCCACUCGCAAGUCGUAUCGCAUCUACCUCACUAUACAUGGAUGAUGUCGCUUUCUCCUUGCUUAGUGAGUCCGAAGCCAAUGAAGCCUCUCAGCAGCUAAUUGACUUAUUCAAGGGUGCACAAUGGGAUCUUAUAAAAUGGAAUAGCAACUAUCACUCCGUUUUAGAUAACCUCCCUGUUUCUCAUAAAAUUACAAAGGAAGUGGAGUUCGAUAAAUCGAUGCAGCAUAAGAUAUUAGGCUUGCAUUGGUCUACCGAUAGUGACGAAUUCUAUUUUAAAAUAUUUAUUCUCGAUGAUGUGACGUGCACUAAGCGCUCCAUCUUAUAUACUGUCGCCCGCAUGUGGGACAUAAUGGGUUUCGUUGUCGUGUACGCUAAGUUGUUAAUAAAACAGCUUUGGGAACUUUAUUUAGACUGGGACGAUGUACCGCCGCCGCCCAUCAUUAAGAUG